AAACAUAAAACACCACCAAAAUGAAAGAAGCACUUUCUGUUUUGUGUCUUGUUCUUUUGGUUUCGGUUUUAGAGGCAUCAGUAACGAAACCAAUUUCUGAAAACUUCAUUGAAUGCCUUCGCUAUCGGACUAGUCCUGAGAAUCCAAUCACCGAUGCCAUCUUCGUCGCCGAUAACACGACCACCUUCCUGUCUUCUUACUUGUCCUACACGAAAAACAAGAGGUUCACGAGCCCUAACUACAAAAAACUACUAGCCAUCGUAACGGCGAAACAUGUAUCUCAUGUUCAAGCCACGGUGGUCUGCGCAAAGUCCAAUGGUAUCCAGAUACGUAUCCGAAGCGGUGGUCAUGACUAUGAGGGUCUUUCUUACAUGUCAUCUGUACCAUUUGUCAUCCUCGAUAUGUUCAAUCUCAGAUCUAUUACUGUUGACGUGUCAAACAAGAAAGCAUGGAUUCAAGCUGGUGCAACUUUGGGAGAGCUCUACACAAAGAUCAGUGACGCUAGCAAAAUGUUAGCGUUCCCAGCUGGCGUUUGCGCUACAGUAGGAGCUGGUGGGCACAUUAGUGGUGGAGGGUACGGAAAUCUAAUGAGAAAAUACGGAAUCACAGUGGAUCAUGUCAUUGAUGCUCAGUUGAUUGAUGUCAACGGCAAGCUUUUAAAUCGAGCUACCAUGGGAGAAGAUCUCUUUUGGGCCAUUCGUGGUGGUGGAGGUGGGAGUUUCGGAGUUAUCCUAUCUUGGAAAAUUAAUCUUGUAGAGGUUCCAAAGACCCUGACAGUGUUUAAGGUUAACAAAACAUUGGAACAAGGAGGCACUGAUGUUCUCUAUAAGUGGCAGCUUGUCGCGGCCAAACUCCCUGAAGAUCUUUUCAUUAGAGCAAUGCCUCAGGUCGCAAAUGGAACAAGACGCGGCCAGAAAACCAUCGCGGUUGUAUUCUAUGCCCAGUUCUUGGGUCCAACAGACAAGCUUAUGGCUAUAAUGAACAAGAGCUUCCCUGAAUUAGGGCUUAAACGUGAAGAUUGUCAAGAAAUGAGCUGGCUUAACACGACGUUGUUUUGGGCCGAUUACCCUGCCGGUACUCCAACGAGCAUUCUUCUAGAUAGACCCUCAAAUCCAGGGGAUUUCUUUAAGAGCAAAUCGGAUUACGUCAAAAAACCAAUCCCUAAGGAAGGAUUAGAGAAGCUUUGGAAGACAAUGUUGGAAUUCGACAAUUUUGUGUGGAUGCAAUUCAACCCUUACGGUGGAGUGAUGGACAGGAUUCCCUCAACGGCCACAGCAUUUCCUCACCGGAAAGGAAACUUGUUCAAGAUUCAAUACUUUAUGACAUGGUUAGAUGCAAACGCCACGAAGAGUAGCCUGAGUCAAAUGAAGGAGUUUCAUGAGGUUGCAGAACCGUAUGUGUCAAGUAACCCGAGAGCGGCCUUCUUUAAUUACAGGGAUAUCGAUGUUGGAAGCAAUCCUAGUGGCAAUACAAACGUGGAUGAAGCUAGGAUAUAUGGAUCCAAGUAUUUCUUGGGUAAUUUGAAGAGAUUGAUGGAUGUUAAAGCUAAGUAUGAUCCUGAGAAUUUCUUCAAGAACGAGCAGAGCAUUCCUCCUGUUCGUGCAUUGCAUUGAUAUUACUCUUUGACCAAUUGAAUAAAUUACGUAGGCAUACGUUAUUGGCUUAUAGCCUAUGUAUGUAGUUUUCAUUAUUAGUUGUCCCAUUUAUAUUAUGGUCAUUGUGUUAUAUUUAUUCAUUACUCAAUAAAGAA